GAUUACAGAGGAGUAGUUCUGGUGAGCGUAGAUCUGGUGAAGACAGACAUUAAUCAAUGCGCUGGCGAUGACUCCUUCUUCUCGGAUACGCACAAAUGUCACAUCCAUUCAACACAGUGUCGCCCAAUUGAAGGCAUGGGCUUCCGUAGGGGGGCCUACAUAUGCCGGUGCAAAGACGGCUUCUACAUACCCAACAAAAACAAAACCAAUUUUGUGGCACAGAAUUCAUUAGACGAUAAUUACUUUAGAGGCAUCGCCAUAGAGGAGGCGUUCAUCUCGACGCUCGUGGGCCCGACUACUGGGGUCGACACCUUUGACCCCCAGAAUUUCAUAUGUAUUCCCUGUGAGCCGGGUUGUCCCACGUGUGCGGACGACUCGCCCUGUUUUGUUCACUUCAACAUUUUUAUACGAGCCGUAACUCUGGGCGUACAGAGCUUUUGUGCCACCAUUACGUUCAUGAUUGCCAUCGCUAUCUGCAAAUUAAGGCGCUCAAAGGUAUGGCACCCACCUAUUUCCUAA